AUGAAUGUUGCUCUAAAAACAGAAUCUGUUGACAGUAUUGUUGUCAAACUUUAUAAUGACAACGUUUUAGUUUAUGAGGAGACUGUCAAGGCACAACCAAAUGGCAUCGUAGAACUGGAAUUUAUCAAACCUCAGUUGGCUGACAAGAUAACAUUGACGAUAAUACCUGACCAAACACCUAAUGCAACUCCGGUUGUAAAAACUGUCACCGUGGAGGCUUGUAUUAAAGCUCUGACCACAGGACAACCAGCCACAACACCUACAUCGUCUCCAGUGAUUACCUCUGGAACACCUUCUACAGCGUCAACCCCAACUACAGGUACUCAAGCUGGAGCACCAGGAACCAGUCCACCUUUGAUUCAAACAACUCAACCGUCGGUAACCACUGGACCCGCUUCUACAACUGCAGGUUUGGAAAAAUGUCCGGACGAUGCGACAAAGGGCCCAUUAAAUUUUGAAACUGUGACUUCUUCAUCGAAUCCAGAUGGUGCUGAAAACGCUUUAACACCUUCAGGAUGGAAACCGUCAGCUGAAGACGAAAAGCCAGUUUUAGAGUUAUCAACAAGUGACAGUAAUCCGAUAAUGAAUGUUGCUCUAAAAACAGAAUCUGUUGACAGUAUUGUUGUCAAACUUUAUAAUGACAACGUUUUAGUUUAUGAGGAGACUGUCAAGGCACAACCAAAUGGCAUCGUAGAACUGGAAUUUAUCAAACCUCAGUUGGCUGACAAGAUAACAUUGACGAUAAUACCUGACCAAACACCUAAUGCAACUCCGGUUGUAAAAAGUGUCACCGUGGAGGCUUGUAUUAAAGUGAUGUUUUCUGUAGCUCUGACCACAGGACAACCAGCCACAACACCUACAUCGUCUCCAGUGAUUACCUCUGGAACACCUUCUACAGCGUCAACCCCAACUACAGGUACUCAAGCUGGAGCACCAGGAACAAGUCCACCUUUGAUUCAAACAACUCAACCGUCGGUAACCACAGGACCCGCUUCUACAACUGCAGGUUUGGAAAAAUGUCCGGACGAUUCGACAAAGGGUCCACUAAAUUUUGAAACUGUGACUUCUUCAUCGAAUCCAGAUGGUGCUGAAAACGCUUUAACACCUUCAGGAUGGAAACCGUCAGCUGGAGACGAAAAACCAGUCUUAGAGUUAUCAACAAGUGACAGUAAUCCGAUAAUGAAUGUUGCUCUAGUUACACAAUUUGUUGACAGUAUUGUUGUCAAACUUUAUAAUGACAACGUUUUAGUUUAUGAGGAGACUGUCAAGGCACAACCAAAUGGCAUCGUAGAACUGGAAUUUAUCAAACCACUGUUGGCUGACAACAUAACAUUGACGAUAAUACCUGACCAAACACCUAAUGCCACUCCGGUUGUAAAAAGUGUCAUCGUGGAGGCUUGUGUUAAAGCUAUGACCACAGGACAACCAGCCACAACACCUACAUCGUCUCCAGUGAUUACCUCUGCAACACCUUCUACAGCAUCAACUCCAACUUCAGGUACUCAAGCUGGAGCACCAGGAACAAGUCCACCUUUGAUUCAAACUACUCAACCGUCGGUAACCACAGGACCCGCUUCUACAACUGCAGGUUUGGAAAAUUGUCCGGACGAUGCGCCAAAGGGCCCAUUAAAUUUUGUAACUGUGACUUCUUCAUCGAAUCCAGAUGGUGCUGAAAACGCAUUUACACCUUCAGGAUGGAAACCGUCAGCUGAAGACGAAAAGCCAGUUUUAGAGUUAUCAACAAGUGACAGUAAUCCGAUAAUGAAUGUUGCUCUAGUAACACAAUUUGUUGACAGCAUUGUUGUCAAACUUUAUAAUGACAACGUUUUAGUUUAUGAGGAGACUGUCAAGGCACAACCAAAUGGCAUCGUAGAACUGGAAUUUAUCAAACCUCAGUUGGCUGACAAGAUAACAUUGACAAUAAUACCUGACCAAACACCUAAUGCAACUCCUGUUGUAAAAAGUGUCACCGUGGAGGCUUGUAUUAAAGCUCUGACCACAGGACAACCAGCCACAACACCUACAUCGUCUCCAGUGAUUACCUCUGGAACACCUUCUACAGCGUCAACCCCAACUACAGGUACUCAAGCUGGAGCACCAGGAACAAGUCCACCUUUGAUUCAAACAACUCAACCGUCGUUAACCACUGGACCCGCUUCUACAACUGCAGGUUUGGGAAAAUGUCCAGACGAUACGCCAAAGGGCCCAUUAAAUUUUGAAACUGUGACUUCUUCAUCGAAUCCAGAUGGUGCUGAAAACGCUUUAACACCUUCAGGAUGGAAACCGUCAGCUGAAGACGAAAAGCCAGUUUUAGAAUUAUCAACAAGUGACAGUAAUCCGAUAAUGAAUGUUGCUCUAGAAACACAAUUUGUUGACAGUAUUGUUGUCAAACUUUAUAAUGACAACGUUUUAGUUUAUGAGGAGACUGUCAAGGCACAACCAAAUGGCAUCGUAGAACUGGAAUUUAUCAAACCUCAGUUGGCUGACAAGAUAACAUUGACAAUAAUACCUGACCAAACACCUAAUGCAACUCCUGUUGUAAAAAGUGUCACCGUGGAGGCUUGUAUUAAAGCUCUGACCACAGGACAACCAGCCACAACACCUACAUCGUCUCCAGUGAUUACCUCUGGAACACCUUCUACAGCGUCAACCCCAACUACAGGUACUCAAGCUGGAGCACCAGGAACAAGUCCACCUUUGAUUCAAACAACUCAACCGUCGUUAACCACUGGACCCGCUUCUACAACUGCAGGUUUGGGAAAAUGUCCAGACGAUACGCCAAAGGGCCCAUUAAAUUUUGAAACUGUGACUUCUUCAUCGAAUCCAGAUGGUGCUGAAAACGCUUUAACACCUUCAGGAUGGAAACCGUCAGCUGAAGACGAAAAGCCAGUUUUAGAGUUAUCAACAAGUAACAGUAAUCCGAUAAUGAAUGUUGCUCUAGAAACAGAAUUUGUUGACAGUAUUGUUGUCAAACUUUAUAAUGACAACGUUUUAGUUUAUGAGGAGACUGUCAAGGCACAACCAAAUGGCAUCGUAGAACUGGAAUUGAUCAAACCUCUGUUGGCUGACAAGAUAACAUUGACGAUAAUACCUGACCAAACACCUAAUGCAACUCCGGUUGUAAAAAGUGUCACCGUUGAGGCUUGUAUUAAAGCUGUGACCACAGGACAACCAGCCACAACACCUACAUCAUCUCCAGUGAUUACCUCUGGAACACCUUCUACAGCGUCAACCCCAACUACAGGUACUCAAGCUGGAGCACCAGGAACCAGUCCACCUUUGAUUCAAACAACUCAACCGUCGGUAACCACUGGACCCGCUUCUACAACUGCAGGUUUGGGAAAAUGUCCAGACGAUACGCCAAAGGGCCCAUUAAAUUUUGAAACUGUGACUUCUUCAUCGAAUCCAGAUGGUGCUGAAAACGCUUUAACACCUUCAGGAUGGAAACCGUUAGCUGAAGACGAAAAGCCAGUUUUAGAGUUAUCAACAAGUGACAGUAAUCCGAUAAUGAAUGUUGCUCUAGAAACAGAAUUUGUUGACAGUAUUGUUGUCAAACUUUAUAAUGACAACGUUUUAGUUUAUGAGGAGACUGUCAAGGCACAACCAAAUGGCAUCGUAGAACUGGAAUUGAUCAAACCUCUGUUGGCUGACAAGAUAACAUUGACGAUAAUACCUGACCAAACACCUAAUGCAACUCCGGUUUUAAAAAGUGUCACCGUUGAGGCUUGUAUUAAAGCUGUGACCACAGGACAACCAGCCACAACACCUACAUCGUCUCCAGUUAUUACCUCUGGAACACCUUCUACAGCGUCAACUCCAACUACGGGAACUCAAGCUGGAGCACCAGGAACCAGUCCACCUUUGAUUCAAACAACUCAACCGUCGGUAACCACUGGACCCGCUUCUACAACUGCAGGUUUGGGAAAAUGUCCAGACGAUACGCCAAAGGGCCCAUUAAAUUUUGAAACUGUGACUUCUUCAUCGAAUCCAGAUGGUGCUGAAAACGCUUUAACACCUUCAGGAUGGAAACCGUCAGCUGAAGACGAAAAGCCAGUUUUAGAGUUAUCAACAAGUGACAGUAAUCCGAUAAUGAAUGUUGCUCUAGAAACAGAAUUUGUUGACAGUAUUGUUGUCAAACUUUAUAAUGACAACGUUUUAGUUUAUGAGGAGACUGUCAAGGCACAACCAAAUGGCAUCGUAGAACUGGAAUUGAUCAAACCUCUGUUGGCUGACAAGAUAACAUUGACGAUAAUACCUGACCAAACACCUAAUGCAACUCCGGUUGUAAAAAGUGUCACCGUUGAGGCUUGUAUUAAAGCUGUGACCACAGGACAACCAGCCACAACACCUACAUCGUCUCCAGUGAUUACCUCUGGAACACCUUCUACAGCGUCAACCCCAACUACAGGUACUCAAGCUGGAGCACCAGGAACCAGUCCACCUUUGAUUCAAACAACUCAACCGUCGGUAACCACUGGACCCGCUUCUACAACUGCAGGUUUGGGAAAAUGUCCAGACGAUACGUCAAAGGGCCCAUUAAAUUUUGAAACUGUGACUUCUUCAUCGAAUCCAGAUGGUGCUGAAAACGCUUUAACACCUUCAGGAUGGAAUCCGUCAGCUGAAGACGAAAAGCCAGUUUUAGAGUUAUCAACAAGUGACAGUAAUCCGAUAAUGAAUGUUGCUCUAGAAACAGAAUUUGUUGACAGUAUUGUUAUCAAACUUUAUAAUGACAACGUUUUAGUUUAUGAGGAGACUGUCAAGGCACAACCAAAUGGCAUCGUAGAACUGGAAUUGAUCAAACCUCUGUUGGCUGACAAGAUAACAUUGACGAUAAUACCUGACCAAACACCUAAUGCAACUCCGGUUGUAAAAAGUGUCACCGUUGAGGCUUGUAUUAAAGCUGUGACCACAGGACAACCAGCCACAACACCUACAUCGUCUCCAGUUAUUACCUCUGGAACACCUUCUACAGCGUCAACUCCAACUACGGGAACUCAAGCUGGAGCACCAGGAACCAGUCCACCUUUGAUUCAAACAACUCAACCGUCGGUAACCACUGGACCCGCUUCUACAACUGCAGGUUUGGGAAAAUGUCCAGACGGUACGUCAAAGGGCCCAUUAAAUUUUAAAACUGUGACUUCUUCAUCGAAUCCAGAUGGUGCUGAAAACGCUUUAACACCUUCAGGAUGGAAUCCGUCAGCUGAAGACGAAAAGCCAGUUUUAGAGUUAUCAACAAGUGACAGUAAUCCGAUAAUGAAUGUUGCUCUAGAAACAGAAUUUGUUGACAGUAUUGUUAUCAAACUUUAUAAUGACAACGUUUUAGUUUAUGAGGAGACUGUCAAGGCACAACCAAAUGGCAUCGUAGAACUGGAAUUGAUCAAACCUCUGUUGGCUGACAAGAUAACAUUGACGAUAAUACCUGACCAAACACCUAAUGCAACUCCGGUUGUAAAAAGUGUCACCGUUGAGGCUUGUAUUAAAGCUGUGACCACAGGACAACCAGCCACAACACCUACAUCGUCUCCAGUUAUUACCUCUGGAACACCUUCUACAGCGUCAACUCCAACUACGGGAACUCAAGCUGGAGCACCAGGAACCAGUCCACCUUUGAUUCAAACAACUCAACCGUCGGUAACCACUGGACCCGCUUCUACAACUGCAGGUUUGGGAAAAUGUCCAGACGAUACGCCAAAGGGCCCAUUAAAUUUUGAAACUGUGACUUCUUCAUCGAAUCAAGAUGGUGCUGAAAACGCUUUAACAUCUUCAGGAUGGAAACCGUCAGCUGAAGACGAAAAGCCAGUUUUAGAGUUAUCAACAAGUGACAGUAAUCCGAUAAUGAAUGUUGCUCUAGAAACAGAAUUUGUUGACAGUAUUGUUGUCAAACUUUAUAAUGACAACGUUUUAGUUUAUGAGGAGACUGUCAAGGCACAACCAAAUGGCAUCGUAGAACUGGAAUUGAUCAAACCUCUGUUGGCUGACAAGAUAACAUUGACGAUAAUACCUGACCAAACACCUAAUGCAACUCCGGUUUUAAAAAGUGUCACCGUUGAGGCUUGUAUUAAAGCUGUGACCACAGGACAACCAGCCACAACACCUACAUCGUCUCCAGUGAUUACCUCUGGAACACCUUCUACAGCGUCAACCCCAACUACAGGUACUCAAGCUGGAGCACCAGGAACCAGUCCACCUUUGAUUCAAACAACUCAACCGUCGGUAACCACUGGACCCGCUUCUACAACUGCAGGUUUGGGAAAAUGUCCAGACGAUACGUCAAAGGGCCCAUUAAAUUUUGAAACUGUGACUUCUUCAUCGAAUCCAGAUGGUGCUGAAAACGCUUUAACACCUUCAGGAUGGAAACCGUCAGCUGAAGACGAAAGGCCAGUUUUAGAGUUAUCAACAAGUGACAGUAAUCCGAUAAUGAAUGUUCCUCUAGAAACAGAAUUUGUUGACAGUAUUGUUAUCAAACUUUAUAAUGACAACGUUUUAGUUUAUGAGGAGACUGUCAAGGCACAACCAAAUGGCAUCGUAGAACUGGAAUUGAUCAAACCUUUGUUGGCUGACAAGAUAACAUUGACGAUAGUACCUGACCAAACACCUAAUGCAACUCCGGUUGUAAAAAGUGUCACCGUGGAGGCUUGUAUUAAAGCUGUGACCACAGGACAACCAGCCACAACACCUACAUCGUCUCCAGUGAUUACCUCUGGAACACCUUCUACAGCGUCAUCCCCAACUACAGGUACUCAAGCUGGAGCACCAGGAACCAGUCCACCUUUGAUUCAAACAACUCAACCGUCGGUAACCACUGGACCCGCUUCUACAACUGCAGCUGUGACCACAGGAAAACCGACCACAGCAGCUUCAUCAUCACCGAGUAUUACAUCUGGACCAUCCUCUACAACAUCAGCCCCAACUACAACUCCAGGUUACUGCCAAUUUUCACAAGACAAAUUUGUUGAUAAUUUUGGAUAUGAACAAAUUGGACUUGUUGGAUUCAUUGAGAAAGAUGACACUGCAGGGAUAACAUCCGAGGAAGAAAAGGUUUACAUUGAUUCGUCGAUUGAUGCAGGUGUUGUUGUUGUUGUUGGCUGUAGUAACUGUACUUGUGAAGGUAGUGGAAUGAUUAGAUGUGUAAUUGGAGAGUGCAAAGAAUGCAAAUAUUCAAAUUGGGGAGAAUGGUCUCCAUGUUCAAGGGAUUGUGAUGUCGGAUCAAUGUCUAGAAGUCGAACCAAGCUAUCAUUGAUGACUCCUGAAAAGUGCCCAGACGACCUGGUGCAGACUCAAGAUUGUAACAUUGACAAUUGUCCUAUGCCAACUACCGUGGAACUUUGUAGUGCUUGGGACGAUUGGACGGAGUGUAGUGUGGGCACAAACGACCAAACAUGUAUAGAAGGUACAAAGUCCAGACAAAGAAACUGUACUGGUAAAAUAGAUAAGGAAAUUCUUAGCUGUUCAAAUGACUGUCCUGAAGUUCUAGAAUGUAAGGAUCCAAGAAUCUUAUUGAAAGAACCUAGAUGUGAGAUGUCAUGCUUUACCUUACAAUAUCCUGAAACUUGUUCUGAAGAUGAAGACUUUGAACCAAGGUGUGGUUGUAAAGAGGGAUAUGUUAUUGAUGAAGCCACUGACGACUGUGUUCCUGUAGAGAACUGUGUCUGCUACAAAUCUGACGGGGGUACCAGUUAAUAUUGGAAUGUCAUUCCCAGGACCUUCACCUUGUCAGAAAUGCACUUGUAAUGGACCAGGAAAUGUCACAUGUGAAACAAUACCAGAAUGUUGUGAAUGGAAAGAAUGGACCAGCUGGGGAGAAUGUGAUAGCAAUUGCGAGUCAGGGGUAAAG